CUCAUGUGUCAGCUCACUUUCUUCACUGUGUUUUCGACCCAACUCAAUAGUGCAUGCAGUCUUUGCAUCUCUACUUUACAGCAAGGCUUCUUUCUUAUCUUAAAUUCUCUAUUCUCAUUUUCAGCAGAGGUAAGUCCACUUCAGAUAUCGGAUAAUUUAGCCAGGCACUGUUUGAGCGUUCACCAAUACGAUCUUGCUAGGAAGACCUGUUCGUGAGAUAGAUAGACAUUGGAAUUUAUUCGCUAGUUAUGGUAUGGAUCUGCUAUCGGAUCUCAAUUCAACGUGAUAUUGUUCUUCUAUACUUC